AUAGCUAAGCACAACAAAAGAGUGUUCCUUCUUCAACUCCCGGGAAACUUCACCUACACCACCCAGCUCACGCCCACGCCAAUUCCCACCACCCACUUCUUCUUCUUCUUCUCCAAACUACUCAAUCGAACCAGAACAUAACUUUGAUUUUCUCUCUCCAGAAAAAAAUGGCGGAAGUUCCCGGCACACCACAACCUCGCACCGCCGUAUAAAUGCCACCACGCGGCGGCAGUAACCCUCAACAUGGCCCUGCGAAACGGCGGAGUCGAAAUCACACAGGAGCAACAGUACACCACUACCCAAGACCACCCAUCCCGAACCUUCCGGGCCUUAGUGGAGAAGGCCGACCGCAAGUUUUCUAGGGUUCGAGACCUCCCGUCCUUCGGGCCCGACCCGAACCCGGCCCGGUACCUGAACAAGGUGUUCAAGGCGUACAUGAGGGUGUGGAAGUACCAGCGGCAGAACCGGGCGAAGCUUGUCGGGUCGGGUCUGCAGAGGUGGGAAAUCGGGGAGAUCGCGUCUCGGAUCGGGCAGCUGUAUUUCGGGCAGUACAUGAGGAGUAGUGAGGCUAGGUUUUUGUUGGAGUCGUAUGUUUUCUAUGAGGCUAUUCUUAAUCGAGGGUACUUUGAAGGUGGGAAAGAACAUGGUGGGGUUAGUGUUAGGUUUAAGGAAUUGAGGUUUUAUGCUCGUUUUUUGUUGGUUGCUUUGAUUUUGAAUCGCCGUAAUGUUAUUGAUUUGCUCGUUGACCGGUUUAAAGCUCUUGUUGAUGAUAGCCGUGCUACUUUUCGGGAAACUAACUUCAAAGAAUGGAAGCAAGUGGUUCAAGAGAUUGUCCGUUUUGUAAAUGUUGACAAGCCAUUACCAAAUGCUCGGCCAUUGCGUUAUUGUGCCAUGUUUGACACUCAUCCAGACUCGUUGCCGUAUGUGGCUCGAUUCCAUGCAAAGAAAGUAUUAAAGUUAAAAGAUGCAGUGUUGACUAGUUAUCACCGGAAUGAGGUUAAGUUUGCGGAAGUUACGUUAGACACAUAUAGAAUGCUGCAAUGUUUAGAAUGGGAGUCAAGCGGAUCAUUUUACCAAAAGAAUCAAAAUGAACCUAUUGGAAAUGGUGUUCAUAAGGAUUUUUCUGGCACUUCUGGGUUAAUUGACAUAAAUUUGGCUGCUGAUUUGACUGACCCGACCUUGCCCCCAAAUCCAAGGAAAGCAGUUCUGUAUCGGCCGACUGCAACACACGUAGUUGCUGUAAUUGCAACAAUGUGUGAGGAGCUCCCACCUGAUAGUAUUAUACUAAUAUACGUGUCCUCAUCUUUGGGAACACCUAGUUCUACUUCUACUAGUGCUGAAAGCUCUGGUGGCUCUAGAAGGUUUUCAAAGAGUAAAGUGUUGCUUUCAGCUGUUCAUGAUCAAACCCUGUCUCCUGGAGAUAAUAAUAAAAAGGGAUACUUAAGUAGCUUUUAUGAUAACUCCCUGUGUUUAAGUCCACGUGGAAACGGAGGUUCCAAUAACCUCUAUCCUGGAGAUCUAUUACCCUUCACUAGAAGGCCUCUCUUCUUGGUUAUUGAUAGUGAUAACAGCCAUGCAUUCAAGGUUAUUCAUGGUUCUGAAAGAGGGGAGCCAUCCGCGCUGUUGCUUUCACCCUCAAGGCCAUCAUUCAGGAGCCCGCCUAGUGUCGAUGCAGUUGAAUAUGGGAGUCAGUUCACUCUGUUUCUGACAUCCCCUCUGCUAGCGUUUUGCCAAUUGGUUGGCCUCUCUGCAUCUGAUAGAGAUACAGACAUUUAUGAUGAGGCUGAAAACAUAAUUGCAAAUACCUUCGCCAAAUGGGAAGUGAUGUUAUGCUCAUCAACGAAAGUCGACCUUGUUUGGGCUCAAGUACUUCCAGAUCCUUUUCUCCGUCGCAUUAUUCUUAGAUUUAUAUUCUGCCGAGCUGUGCUAUCUCUCUUCCACCCCCCCAACACAAGGGAUUCAUACAUGCCUGAUUGUCUACCUCAGCUACCCGGUUUUGUAUCACCUGAUACAGAAGCUGUUGAAUCGUGUAUUCAUCGGCUUGCAGAUCACCUUAAAGUUUCCGACUGUUUCUAUAAUACAUAACCGGAAGAAGGGUAACUUGUAACCGGAGAUGUUGGUUGAUGACAUUUCUUCAACAAUUGGAAUAUAUCUUAUAUUUAGGUGGUUACUAGGCGAAUCGGUGUUGUGGUAUACUAUGUGAGAAAUAGUGUUAAAUACAAGUAGAUGUUAUUUCUUGAACAAAUUGGAAGUUCUUUGGUGGUGUUAGAUGGAUCUUUGUGGUUGUAUACUAUGUGAAAAUAGUGUGUAGAUGGGUUAAUUUUAUUUAUUUUUCUCUAGGAUCCUUUUUUUGUUUCUUUCUUUUUUUUCUUGGGAGUUGAUUUAGUAUAAUGUCUUAGCAAAUUGCUAUUGUUAUUAAGUUGUAUUUCAAUACAUCUGCAGGAAAUGCAAAAAUUCUUCAAACUUUUGUACAAGAAUAACUUGUUACUUUGUCAAAUAUUGUAUUACAAAGGUAGA